CAGUUCCAUCCCCCAAACCGGGGCUGCGUCAUACCUCCGCGUCUUUUCAAAGAGAACAACAACAACAAACGCCAGAAAUUUAAAAGAAAAAAGAUUGAGCUCCGCAGAGUUCUUUUUAAAUUAUUUAACAUUUUGUUGGGCACCACUUGACAAGGCGUGGGCGAUAAAUAAUAAAAAACAGCUACUAAACAGAAUCCGGUCUGCUGCCAUGGACAGUGUGAAGAUGGAAUCUGUCCAGAUUAAAGAGGAGUUCCCUGAACUUGAACUUGUCCCCAUUAGAGUGGAGUUCUCUGGGCUGGCUUCCCUCCCCAUUAAACAGGAGCUCUGUGAGAUGCAAUGUGACAGCAGUCAGCCAGAGGUCUCUGACAUUAAAGCUGAGCACAAUGAAUUGGAGAUCCCCCAGAUGGAAGAAUCCCUUCCUGUGAAACAAGAAGAGGUUCUGGAAACUGUCCGUAUUAAACAGGAGCCCCCUGAAGUAGAGUUUGACGACAUGGAACCAGUGAAGGAAGAAUCUGAGGACUUCAAACCAAACAUCCUUGAGCAGGAGCCUGUACGCCUGCGGGAGUGUAGCGUGGUGCUGGAGAGAAUCUGCGUGAGAGAGCAAGGCGCUGGAGAGGAAGGCUCUCCUAACAGCACGCAAGGAGGUGGAAAGGAAGACGGGCGCUCCCAUUCAGAAUGCAGUCUAGCAGGUUCCAGUCCAGCAGCUAAAGCGAGGGCGGGCGCUGGAGAAUAUCCUGACUGUGGGAAAGGGUUCACCCAGUUAGGAACCCUGAAAAGACACCAUCGAAUUCACACAGGAAAGAAACACUAUUGCUGCUCUGACUGUGGGAAGAGUUUCAGAAAAUCAGGAAAACUGAAAACACACCAGCGAAUUCAUACAGGAGAGAAACCAUAUUUCUGCUCUGACUGUGGGAAGAGUUUCAGAGAAAGAGGAACCCUGACAAAACAUCAGCGAAUUCACACAGGAGAGAAACCGUAUUGCUGCUCUGACUGUGGGAAGAGUUUCAUUCAGUCAGAACAUCUGAAAAGACACCAGCGAAUUCACACUGGAGAGAAACCAUUUUGCUGCUCUGACUGUGGGAUGAGUUUCAGUUACAGAGGAGCCCUGAAAGCACACCAGCAAAUUCAUCUAGGAUAUAGCCUGUAUUGCUGCUCUGACUGUGGGAAGAGUUUCAGAGAAAGAGGAACCCUGACAAAACAUCAGCGAAUUCACACAGGAGAGAAACCGUAUUGCUGCUCUGACUGUGGGAAGAGUUUCAUUCAGUCAGAUCAUCUGAAAAGACACCAGCGAAUUCACACUGGAGAGAAACCAUUUUGCUGCUCUGACUGUGGGAUGAGUUUCAGUUACAGAGGAGCCCUGAAAGCACACCAGCAAAUUCAUCUAGGAUAUAGCCUGUAUUGCUGCUCUGACUGUGGGAAGAGUUUCAGUCACUUAGGAAACCUGAAAACACACCAGAGAAUUCACACAGGAGAGAAACCGUAUUGCUGCUCUCACUGUGGGAAGAGUUUCAGUCAGUCAGGAGCCUUGAAUAAACACCUGCGAAUUCACACUAGAGAGAAACCAUAUAUCUGCUCUGACUGUGGAAAGAGUUUCAGCCACACAGAAUCCCUGAAAACACACCAGCGAAUUCAUACAGGAGAGAAACCGUAUUGCUGCUCUGACUGUGGGAAGAGUUUCAGUCAGUCAGGAUACAUGAAAACACACCAGCGAAUUCACACUGGAGAGAAACCAUAUAUCUGCUCUGACUGUGGGAAGAGUUUCAGUCACACAGUAUCCCUGAAAGCACACCAGCGAAUUCAUACAGGAGAGAAACCAUAUUGCUGCUCUGACUGUGGAAAGAGUUUCCGUACUAAAAAUGACCUUCGAGUACACCAACGAACUCAUACAGGAGAGAAACCGUAUCACUGCUCUGACUGUGGAAAGAGUUUCCGUACUAAAAAUGACCUUCGAGUACACCAACGAAUUCACACAGGAGAGAAACCGUAUCACUGCUCUGACUGUGGAAAGAGUUUCCGUACUAAAAAUGACCUUCGAGUACACCAACGAACUCAUACAGGAGAGAAACCGUAUUGGUGCUCUGACUGUGGCAAGCACUUCCGUCAGGCAGGAGCUCUGAAAUCACACCAGAGACGAAGCCCAUGUUCAUUCAGAUCAAAAAGUUGGACCUUAAGAGUAGUUAAAGGGAUGAUUGUGUGGCACCUGCAGAUGUACAAGGGAGUGGAGAAAUGUAAUGAAUUGGAGAUCCCCCAGAUGGAAGAAUCCCUUCCUGUGAAACAAGAAGAGGUUCUGGAAACUGUCCGUAUUAAACAGGAGCCCCCUGAAGUAGAGUUUGACGACAUGGAACCAGUGAAGGAAGAAUCCGAGGACUUCAAUCCAAACAUCCUUGAGCAGGAGCCUGUACGCCUGCGGGAGUGUAGCAUGGUGCUGGAGAGAAUCUGCGUGAGAGAGCAAGGCGCUGGAGAGGAAGGCUCUCCCAACAGCAUGCAAGGAGGUGGAAAGGGAGACGGGCGCUCCCAUUCAGAAUGCAGUCUAGCAGGUUCCAGUCCAGCAGCUAAAGCGAGGGCGGGCGGUGGAGAAUAUCCUGACUGUGGGAAAGGUUUCACCCAGUUAGGAAACCUGAAACGACAGCAGCGAAUUCAUACAGGAGAGAAACCGUAUCGCUGCUCUGACUGUGGGAAGCGUUUCAGAGAAAGAGGAACCCUGACAAAACAUCAGCGAAUUCACACAGGAGAGAAACCGUAUUGCUGCUCUGACUGUGGGAAGAGUUUCAUUCAGUCAGAACAUCUGAAAAGACACCAGCGAAUUCACACUGGAGAGAAACCAUUUUGCUGCUCUUACUGUGGGAUGAGUUUCAGUUACAGAGGAGCCCUGAAAGCACACCAGCAAAUUCAUCUAGGAUAUAGCCUGUAUUGCUGCUCUGACUGUGGGAAGAGUUUCAGAGAAAGAGGAACCCUGACAAAACAUCAGCGAAUUCACACAGGAGAGAAACCGUAUUGCUGCUCUGACUGUGGGAAGAGUUUCAUUCAGUUAGAUCAUCUGAAAACACACCAGCGAAUUCACACAGGAGAGAAACCGUAUUGCUGCUCUGACUGUGGGAAGAGUUUCAUUCAGUCAGAUCAUCUGAAAAGACACCAGCGAAUUCACACUGGAGAGAAACCAUUUUGCUGCUCUGACUGUGGGAUGAGUUUCAGUUACAGAGGAGCCCUGAAAGCACACCAGCAAAUUCAUCUAGGAUAUAGCCUGUAUUGCUGCUCUGACUGUGGGAAGAGUUUCAGUCGCUUAGGAAACCUGAAAACACACCAGCAAAUUCACACAGGAGAGAAACCGUAUUGCUGCUCUCACUGUGGGAAGAGUUUCAGUCAGUCAGGAACCUUGAAUAAACACCUGCAAAUUCACACUAGAGAGAAACCAUAUAUCUGCUCUGACUGUGGGAAGAGUUUCAGCCACACAGAAUCCCUGAAAACACACCAGCGAAUUCAUACAGGAGAGAAACCGUAUUGCUGCUCUGACUGUGGGAAGAGUUUCAGUCAGUCAGGAUACAUGAAAACACACCAACGAAUUCACACAGGAGAGAAACCGUAUCACUGCUCUGACUGUGGGAAGGGUUUCCGUACUAAAAAUGACCUUCGAGUACACCAACGAACUCAUACAGGAGAGAAACCGUAUUUGUGCUCUGACUGUGGCAAGCACUUCCGUCAGGCAGGAGCUCUGAAAUCACACCAGAGACGAAGCCCAUGUUCAUUCAGAAUGAAACGUUAACCUUUCAUUAUGAGUCCCUGUGUAAUUUACUGUUUUGUGUAUCGCUCUAGAGCUUGAGAUUUAAAUGGUCAAAAUGCUGUUCAGCUCUCUUGCACUCUGAUUGUGUUAGAAAGUGGGCGGAGACGCGGACACGUCACAAGAGGCUUCUCUGCUGUCAGUUUAACUCAGGCUGUCAAUGCAGUCAGUGCCUGGGAGCGGGAAUAUGCAGAAAGGAAACUAUUCUGCACCUCAUCUGAUGGACGAGUCAGGAGAAAUUGAUAACUCAGUGUGGGGAAUGAGUUUCAGGGUUUAGCAUUUAAACUGCAUAGACUUGAAAAUAAAUACAUUGAUGGGAACGAGUAUCCCGACCCCGGUAUGUAGCAUCCCAGAGACAAGACUGCACCGUCCUUACUGGACAACCGCCUGGAGGGUUUGUCUUGUACAUUUUGUCACGUUUCUAGAAUAAAUGAAUCACAUCAAUGAUUGAAUAUUUUGCAAUGUGCAUUGUCCAUGCUUUUAUUUUACACUGCUUUUGUAAACUGCAUCAUAUAAUACAAGUGUAGCACGCAUGUGCACGGGUCAUAGGUACAGAAACUCAGACAGGUUUUAUCCCGGCGCUUUCUUGCUCUUUUGCAGAGUUGGACCUUAAGAGUAGUUAAAGGGAUGAUUGUGUGGCACCUGCAGAUGUACAAGGGAGUGGAGAAAUGUGUAACAUUGUAGAGCUUACCAGGAAUAGGCCCCGGUAGCCAUGGCGACUUGAGGUGAAAUGGCCUGAUCACCAUAGUAACACCAAUAUGUAUUGGGGGAGAACGCCUCUCCUGAAUUCCUGAGCUUUGGAGGCCCUGAAUAAACAAGAUCGGGUUGCACCUGGACUCCAAGGUGAGAGGUUGAAGAUGAAAAGUCCUUUGUGCUAGGGUUAGGUUUUCAGUAAGAAGAGAGAGUUACGGGUAACAGCCUUACAAGAGCUCUUCACAAUAUUCAACAGGGACACCCCAUAGUUUGAUCAACAUUAUAAGAAACUUAAAUAAAUCAAAAGGCCAUAAAGAGAAACUCGACCAACUGGGUUGCAAUCGAAGAAAGGAAAAGUCAACGAAUGUUGAACCAAUAAUGAAUGAACUGAUUCAGCCUGCUGCCACUGGUCAAAUUUACAGCAAGAGUUUUCCAAUCCACUGAGCGAGUCUGGGUUGUGUGACCAGGAAUACAAGCAAAUCCUACAGGCCUCUGACGCUGGGAAAUUGAACCACAGACAUAAUACAUGUAACGGUGUUCAGUUUAAGGGCCGUGGAGUCUAACUGAAGGAUGUAUAAAUAAACAACAGAUUGCUAAAGAAUGAAUUACGAUUUCGUAAUAUCCUAUUAGAAUUUACUGAGUUUAUUGUUCUUUCCUGACUCAUAUAUAUUGAAACAAUUCUAACCUGCAUCGAUUGCAAGACAAAGGAAACUUCUGGAGUGGAAAUGUAGCUGUGCUGGACAGCAGCUGGAAUUGAGUUCAAAACCAGUAUAAAUAUGAGUAGUGUUAGAGCUCUUGUGAGAGCAGAGAAAGAAUAGAACACUGCACCCCUCUGCAUCUCCAAGUAAGAGAGUGCAUGUCAAUACCUCCCUGCAGUGCUUGCUGUUCCCUGUUUAAUAAAGCAUUGGUAUUAAACUCUUGUAUUGAGUGCAUCAUUCUGCGUUAACCCAUUCCAGAGACUCAGCCCCAAGUGUUUAGUUUAGGCUCAAACUUCUUCCACACAUUGUAAUUGUUAUAUAAACAGAAUACCACUUAUGUAAUCACAGAAGGGUUUUGUCCACUGGAGUUAGGAUGUGUUGCAGUGGAGCUGCACUGACUCAUGCUGGAGGCUCAUUGCACCAUUAUUAAAAUAUGAAUGCAGUGUCCAGUGUAAUAAGAGAUUGGAGAAGACUGUUGCUAGACUGUUGUUGUGUAUUAUGAUGAUGAUGAUGAUGAUGAUGAUGAUGAUGAUGAUGAUGAUGUCAGUGCUCUGUGCAGUAAAGGGUUACCUGGAGGUGUUUUGUGCAACCGGUCCCUGGUUUUCAUGAAUUGUGACUGAUGACAUUUAGAAUGAAUUAAAAACACACAAAACAAA